AUGAUGCUCUCAACAUACAACAAAUGCAUUGUUUCUUUUACGUUGUUGUGUUUCUGUUUAGGGUUCUCACAAGGUGGUAUCAAACAAGGUGAUAUUGUAAGAGAUCAAGAAGGUGAUGUUUUAUUCUCAGAUGGUUUCAACUUUGCUAUGGGUUUCUUUGGUUUCGGCAACUCUUCUUCUCGUUAUGUCGGUAUUUGGUACUAUAACAUACCUGGACCGCAGAUUAUUUGGGUUGCAAAUAGAAACACACCCAUAAAUGGCAACCGUGGUUCUUUCACUGUAGCGGAAAAUGGUAAUUUGGUUAUCCUUGAUGAAAACAAAAACCAAAUAUGGUCGACAAAUGUUUCUAUCAGUCAAAACAAUACGGAUAACUAUGAAGCUGUUCUUAGAGAUGAUGGUAAUCUUGUUCUUGCGAAUGAGAAUGCGGUGUUAUGGGAAAGCUUUGAGAAUCCAUGUGAUACUUAUGUACCUGGUAUGAAAGUUCCUGUGAAUGGGAAGAGUUUUUUCUUCACAUCAUGGAAAUCAAGUACAGAUCCUUCAAUAGGGAACCAUAAAAUGGGAAUUGAUACUGUAGGGUUACCACCACAGGUAUUUGUUUGGGAAGGUGAGAGAAAAAAAUGGAGAAGUGGUUAUUGGGAUGGUAGGGUUUUUACCGGUGUUGAUGCGAAAAGUAGUUUUCUUCAUGGUUUUAUACUAAAUUAUGAUAGUAAUGGAGAUAGAUAUUUUGUUUAUAAUGAUAAUGAGUGGAAGUUGAAUGGUAAUAGUUCAGUUAGGUUUCAGAUUGGUUGGGAUGGUUAUGAAAGAGAGCUUAUAUGGAAUGAAACUGAGAAAUAUUGGAGUGUGAAUCAAAAGGGGCCUCAUAAUCAGUGUGAAUUUUAUAACUAUUGUGGCGAUUUUGCAUCUUGUGAUACGUCAGAUUCGGGUUGGGCUAUUUGUAGUUGCUUACAAGGGUUUGAACUAAAGGAUAAGGAGAAUUUGUCAAGUGGAUGUACGAGGAAGACAGCAUUGAAGGGUGAUCAGACAAGUGAUGGAUUUGACGAGGAUGGUUUCUUUGAGCGUACGAGUAUGAAGUUACCCGACUUUGCACGUGUGGUUGAUACUAAGGAUUGUGAAGGUAAUUGUUUGGAGAAUGCUUCUUGUACUGCUUAUGCAGAAGUAACUGGAAUUGGUUGUAUGGUUUGGCAUGGAGAUUUGGUCGAUGUUCAACACUUAGGACGCGAUGAAGGAAAUUCGUUAUAUAUUCGUCUUGCUCAGUCUGAUUUAGGUCAUGGAGGGAAAAUGAACAGGACUAUGAUUGUGAUUAUAUCAACUGCUGUAACAGGGUUAAUCUGCCUAGGAAUCUUUGUAUUGUUGUUACCUGUCGUUUAUGCACGCGAGACGUCAUCAGAAUUUUCAGGAUCACUUGAACUUAGUUUGAAAAGUAAUCAACUAAGCGGAGCCGAGCUUCCAUUUUUCAGUUUUACUUGCAUGUCAGCAGCUACCAACAAUUUUUCUCAAGCAAAUAAGCUUGGACAAGGCGGAUUCGGUCCUGUGUACAAGGGAAAGCUUCCAACCGGAGAAGAAAUUGCUGUCAAGAGGCUUUCUAGACCGUUCGGACAAGGUUUAGACGAGUUCAAGAAUGAAAUGAGGCUGUUUGCGAAGCUUCAACAUAGAAAUCUGGUUAGACUAAUGGGAUGUUCUAUUGAAGGAGAUGAAAAGUUGCUUGUAUACGAAUUCAUGCCGAACAAAAGCUUGGAUUACUUUUUAUUUGAUCCUAUCAAGAAAGCACAAUUAAACUGGGCAAGACGUUAUGAAAUCAUUGAAGGCAUUGCAAGAGGACUACUUUAUCUGCAUCGCGAUUCAAGACUCAGAAUAAUUCAUCGAGAUCUAAAACCAAGUAACAUUUUGUUAGAUGAAAACAUGAAUCCAAAAAUAUCUGACUUUGGCUUGGCCCGGAUAUUUGGUGGAAACCAGAAUGAAUCCAAUACAACCAGAGUCGUUGGUACAUAUGGUUAUAUGUCUCCUGAAUAUGCCAUGCAAGGCGUAUUAUCAGCUAAAGCAGACGUAUAUAGUUUUGGCGUAUUGCUACUGGAGAUUGUGAGUGGUCACAAAAACACCAGCUUUCGUCAUUCAGAUGAUUCAAGUCUCAUAGGAUAUGCAUGGCAUCUAUGGAAUACAAAGAGAUCAAAGGAACUUGUCGAUGCUUGCAUUAGUGAUUUGACUCCCAAUAACGAUGUUAUUAAUCGAUGCAUACAAAUAGGGAUGUUAUGUGUGCAAGAUUUAGCAUCUCGACGACCAAAGAUGUCCGAAAUUGUGUUGAUGCUUGAGAGUAAAUCAAUUACUCUUCCCUUACCUAUGCAGCCUUUGAUUACUUCCAUCAAAAGAAACGUUAACAGAGAGUCUCCCAAGAAUGCUGUUGAUGACUCAAAUGAUCUCACAAUCACAAUGGUAGAAGGGAGAUAG